AUGGGGACGAGAAGAACAGUCCACGAACAUCACCACCUUUUUGUGGAGAUUGAGAUAGCCGCAGCUGCAUCUAUGGAGAAGUUAGUGCACACCGUGGCUGUAGUUGCAGCGUUGCUGCUGCUGCUGCUGCAGCCGUUGGACGCAGCAGCAGCAGCUACCUGCAGCACCCGCUGUGGCGGCAUCGGUAUCUCCUACCCCUUUGGGAUCGAGGCCGGCUGCUACCGCGACGGCUUCAACCUCACCUGCGACCACUCGUACCGGCCGCCCAAGCUGUUCCUCGGCGACGGCACCGUGGAGGUGCUCGAGAUCUCCAUUCCUGGUGGCACGGUGCGCGUCAACAGCAGUAGCAUCGCGCUGUCACCAGCAGCAGGGGCACCAGGCAAGAAGGCCAACAGCACGGCAAGGUACCACACGUGGAGUGGGCUCAGAAGGGGCGGCCCGUUCUUCGUCUCGCCGGAGAAGAACAAGUUCCUGGUGCUGUCUUGCAGCAACGUCCAGGUCCUCCUCCUCGCGGAGGACAACAGCACCGUCAACGCCUGUGCCACUUACUGCCCACCGGCCCCAGGAAAGGGCCAGCCUUUUCAGUUCCCCUUGAGCAAGGAUUGCUCCGGCAUUGGCUGCUGCAGUGCUGCCAUCCCCAAAGGCUACACCUCUUACAGCAUCCAGGUCCAGCCCCCUGGCAAUGUUUCUGAAUUCGAUGCAGACUCUUCAGUCUACAUAGCCGAGGAAGGUUCCUAUAAUGUCACACACCUGAUAUUCGAAACUGUAAAGACUCUUCCAGUCUUGCUGGACUGGGUGAUCAGCAACUCAACAUGUGGUAAGGAACUGCCUGCUUCUGGGUGCCACAGCACCAGCAGCUCCUGUCAGAACUACACAAGCUUUGCUUACAAAGGGUACCGCUGUCGCUGCUCUGCUGGCUACGAAGGCAACCCUUAUGUUGUGGAUGGAUGCCAAGACAUUGAUGAGUGUGCGCACUGGGAACUCCACUCAUGCUACGGAACCUGCAUAAAUAUGCCUGGAACGUUUCGCUGCCAAUGCCCUGAUGAGACUAACGGGAACCCCUUCAUAAAAGGGGGGUGCAUCAAGAACAAGAAAUCUUCUCAAGGUUUAAGCAUAGGCCUAGUAGCCAGUGGUGGGUCAAUUCUUGUGCUUCUGGCUUUUGGUGCUCCCUUUGUGACACGUAAGAUCAAGCAACAGAAGGCCCAAAAAAGAAAAGACAAGUUUUUCAAGCAAAAUCAUGGGUUGCUAUUUCAGCAGUUAGUAUCGCAAAGAGCGGAUAUGGGUGAACGGAUGAUCAUCACCCUAGCAGAGCUAGAGAAGGCCACAAACAAUUUUGACAAAACUCGUGAGGUUGGCGGUGGAGGACAUGGCAUUGUGUAUAAAGGCAUUCUGGAUCUACAAGUUGUAGCCAUCAAGAAAUCAAAGAUUAUUGUACAGAGAGAAAUCAAUGACUUUAUUAAUGAGGUUGCAAUUCUUUCCCAAAUCAACCAUCGAAAUGUCGUGAAGUUAAUUGGAUGUUGUCUCGAGGCAGAAGUCCCGUUGUUGGUUUACGAGUUCAUUUCAAAUGGAACUCUUGAGCAUCAUCUGCAUGUAGAAGGACCGGUAUCACUAUCGUGGGACGACCGACUGAGGAUUGCACUUGAGAUCUCUACAGCUCUGGCCUAUCUACAUUCAGCUGCUUCAAUGCCAGUGUAUCAUAGAGAUAUUAAGUCUGCCAACAUACUUCUUGACGAAAGCUUAACAGCCAAGGUAUCGGACUUUGGGGCUUCAAAGUUUGUUCCUAUUGAUCAAACGGGGGUGACUACUGCGGUUCAAGGAACAAUUGGCUACUUGGAUCCCAUGUACUAUUACACUGGCCGUCUAACAGACAAGAGCGAUGUCUUCAGCUUUGGCGUCCUUCUCGUGGAACUGCUUACCAGGAAGAGACCACUCGCCUAUCAUUCUGUGGAUGGCGAUGGUCUUGUUCUGCAUUUUGCCUCACUGGUUACGGGAGGCGUGCUGGCUGACUUGCUGGAUCCUCAGGUCAUGGAAGAGGAAGACGGGGAGGUCCAGGAGGUAGCUGCGCUCGCGGCAAAGUGCGUGAGGUUGAAUGGAGAGGACCGGCCGGCGAUGAGAGAGGUGGAGAUGACGCUCGAAAACCUGCGGAUCAAGAGGAAGCAAGCUGCGCGUGAUGCGAAAUCUAGGAGCUAUGAUGAUGAUGGCCAACUCUCUACCGACGACACGGCAAGUGAAGGGGACACCGAGCAGCCAAGUGGGGAGUACACCGUGGAAGAGCAAAUCCUGUUGUCGGAGAGGUAUCCUCGAUGA